UGGCACCGCAUUGAAUAUAACCGAGUUGAAAUACACGGGUGCUGUUUUGAAGUUUCGGAUUUGGAGUAUCUACCCAUCUACGUUGUUGAGCAUGCAGUACAUCCAGAUAUACAUCACCACCACCAUUACUGAUCUUUGUACAUGUCGCAAUAAUUGCAUUUUGUUAUAAAACGUUUGGUUCUAAUUAAGUUUGAGAGACCCACACUCGCAUUGAUGUAAACAUGGCCUGCUGUUUUAAUUACAAAUUUGUGCUCAAUCUAUGUAACUUUUUGUUUUUGAUAUGUGGCUUGCUGCUGGUAGUAUCAGGUCUAUAUAUCUUCUCCGAUAACAAACGCAUUCUGCUCUCCAGACUUUUGGCUGCAUCCAGCGAUCGGCUGAGCUCACUUCCGCAGCCGCUGCUUUUUUAUAUAGCACUGGGUGUGGCGAUUGCGGGAUUUGUGGCUACUCUGGCCGCCGUUGUGGGUUUCUGGGCCAGUUGCCUUCACACCUAUUGCUUUCUGACCAUAUACUUCCUGAGCGUUGUGGUGCUCCUCCUGACCGAAUCGGUUUUGUGCCUGGCUAUCACAUUGUGGCCACAUUGCCUGGGAAUCAGCCUGGAUGAGACUCAGAUGGUGCGAUCCUUGCAAAGCAACUAUGGAGUUCCUGGGCAGGAGCAGUUUACCAAUGCUUUGGAUUUGGCACAGGUCCGGUUCGGAUGCUGCGGGAUGAGAAGUUCCUUGGACUACGACACAUCGUUGUGGAGAUUACAGGGCUAUGGACAAAGGAAUUGGCCGGUGCCGCUCAGUUGUUGUGUCCUUCAGAAUGCUGAUCAGUCCAUGGCAUAUCUGGACCCCAAGCCAGCCAAUGAAUCGAUGUGUCAGUCUCUGGAACGAUUAUCCUACGAAAGGGAACGUCACACCGAGUCCUGUCUGCCCCAUCUGGACAACUGGUACCGAGAACAGUACAGCGUCUUUCUUGCCGCCAGUCUAAUAUUGGCCAUGAUUGAGUUUUGUGUUCUACUCGCCAUUAUCAUGAGCUGCACCGGACUUGCUUCGCAACGGGCUAGGCUCAAGAAACCUGUUCAGGAAAUGCGGACGCAAAAAGUAAAAUCGCGACAAACACUAAUCGAGAACAUAUACGAACCUGAUUUUGAACUGAGGGAAAAUUCCAAUCACAGUGGAGACGGAAUAUAUCUGGGACCCGCUAGCAGGCAUGUCAGCAGUGAGGAUUUCAAGGAGUUGUAUAUUAAACCGAGAGACCUGUACAAACAACAUAAUUUAAGAACAACCCCAGCCAACCGACAAUCACAAAUGAGGAAUUAUUUGGUAUAAUUCAAACCCUGAAGAUCCUGCUCACAAAUAAUAUUCCAUUUGAUAGAUUCUAUUUUGAACACGUUUGGUUUAAGCUAAUAUAAAGCUAAUCCAAGAGAGGAAAGUAUACAAUAAAGAAUUAACUAUAAUCUUUGUAUAUCACAA